CACACGACCAUGCGUCAUAGACUUUAAACUUUCAGAUACGCUGAUGAGUUGGUUUUCCGUCACACACCUGCACGUGUGGAUGUGCAUGUGCAGAAAUGCACAUCUCGACGACCCCCACUAUGUUAAGAAUCUCAACAAAGAUCUGUAUGAGUGCUUCCAGGAGGACAUCUCUGCGCGUAUAUACGCUAUGGGGGUUACCGAUGCUAUGGAAGUAGGUAGGCGGAUUAAACAGCUGGUGGAGAUAUUCUGGGGAUUUACUGUUGCGUACGAUGAAGGGCUUCUCUACGAGGAUUCGGUUUUGGCUGCUGCUCUCUGGAGGAAUAUGUAUGACUGUCGACCGGACGUCCCGAUACAAGAAUUGGAAGCUCUGGUGAGAUACAUCCGACGAGAGACAUUAGCAUUAGAUGAUAUGAGUGACAGCGAUGUUCUGCUGGGCAUCACAUACUUCAAACCUCCGGACUAUCAACCACAUGAGUCGCACUCUCCCGUCGCUGACAACGUGCAGUAGCUUCACAUGUGAUCACAAUGUCUGUUGAUAAUUAAAUUGUCCUGCUGGACUAGCCAA